GGAAAAGUGCAAGUUCAAGUAAAUGAGAUGCUUCAAGAAAAUACACAAGCAAAACCAUUUCCAAAAAUACAACCAAACCCUGUUUCAUCAGUUAUAGGAAAAAGAAAACACCAUAAACAUUACACUUUCACCACCCCAAAAAUUGUAGCAGGACUCAUUUGAUCCUUCAGCCUUGUAAAGAUCAAGAUCCAAUUUUUCUAUUAGCUAGCUUUCUGUUUUGUGUGUGUGUGUGUUUUAGUUUUGCCACAUUCAUAACACAGGUUUAUUUGAAGGUCUAAUGGGAUGGAAAAAUCCAAGGUUGGAGAGGAAAAGUGGGGGGAUCCAGACACAAGGCACUCCUUCUACCAAAUUAUGUGGUUUCAAAAUCUGACUGAGCUGCAAAUUCCAACCAAGUUCUUCAAUGAACACUUAGCAAGUGAGGAGGAAACUGAAAGGGUGACCCUGAGGGGUCCUUGUGGAAGUUGGGCUGCCAAGAUGGAGCGGAGAGAUGACGGCGUCUAUCUCGUCCAAGGAUGGAAAGAUUUUGUGGAAAGUCACAGCUUAGGCAGAGCAGAGUGGGCAGAAUUCCUGUACAAUGGUGGGAUGUCUUUUGAUGUGAAGAUCUAUGGUUGUAAUGGUUGGCUGAAAAGCUACAAGAAAGCCGCCUCUGAAGAAGGCACGCCUUCUUUCACCUCGUCUUUCCCCUUCUUCAAACACGUGAUGAAAGGCCACAAUGUUGGCCACAAAUGCACCAUGCUGAUCUCAAAGGCCUUUUCAAGAAAGCAUCUGUCUAUGUCCAGACAGGAAAUGCUGCUGAGGGACUCUGAUGGGGUUUCUUGGGCAGUCACCGCUGUCGUCGUGAGCAGCGGUCAUCUUUCCCUGUGCGGAGGAUGGAAGGCCUUUACAGAUGCUCAUUCGAUCAAGAAAGGCAACACCUGCAUUUUCGAGCUGGUCGAGCAGAAAGUGAUGCAAGUCCACAUUCUCAGAUGAAACCAACAAGCUAGAAUCUUUUGAUCAUGUAAUGAAAACUACAAUGUGUUUCCAUGUGAAGUUAUUAUGCAAUCUUGUUUUAACUUAGUUUGCACCAUUUGGUAGGAAAUGAGUCAAUCUGUCAAGCUUCCUUGUUUUCAACAUACCAUUUUGCAGGGUUUAUUUCAAAAUCAAUAAGAGAGUAGUAACAAAUGUGCUGAAGAUACUAACAAGCAAAUUUUAUAUAUUGAAAAGAAGUAAAAAUGUUGUAUCGUAUAUACACAGCCUAAAACAAAAAUCACCACCAGUCUCUGCAAGAGCACACGCCAUCACGGAAAAUAUGAAAGCGUUUGGCAUCCUUUAUAACCAGAACUCGUGCAUAGGCUUUGGAGACAAACUUACUAGCUAAGUGGCAAUCAUCGCAAAUCCUUAGAUUUUUUGUGAUCCGAACUACUGCUCCCGGCUUAGUCCUCAUCAGUCCAAAAGCAAUAGCCAGCUUCUCGCUGUGGUGAAACAGAAUAUCUCUCUUCACAUCAUCCGACACAUCUAGGAGCACAGAGUCGGUAUCAGGCUCAUACCCUGCAGCUUUUAUCUUCAAAAUCAAGCCUUUAAGGAAGUCCCUAAUCUCUAGGUAGUGAGGAUGGUCUGUCUGGCUUGCCAUGAAUGUGAACAUUUCUCCAUUUAUUUCCAUAGAACUAAGGCCAGGGUUCUUCUUCAAGUUGCUCGAUUUCAAAGAUAUUCUACUCAUUCUAGCACAAUCCCAAUUUCCAGCCAAAGCAUGCAUGUUUGAGAGCAAUAUAUAGUGCCCUGCAUCAUUAGGUUUCAACUCAAUAAGUUCUCGAGAGAUCUCAUCUCCCAGCUCAAAGUUCCUGUGGAUUUUACAAGCAGUAAGCAGAGAACUGUAUAUCUCAAGCCCCGGUUGCAGAUGCAUCCUCUUCGUGAGCAAGUAAGCAUCAUAUAUUCGCCCAGAACGGCCAAGAAGGUCUACAACACAGGCAUAGUGCUUCAAAUUAGGAAUCAAGUUCCAAACUUUAGUCAUUUGAUCAAAGAUUCGGAGCCCUUGCUCGACCAGGCCAGCAUGACUACAAGCACACAGGACUGAUACCAAUGUCGACUCAUCUGGGCUUAGGCCCGAAUCCUUCAUCUUUAAGAAUGUGACUAUGGCUUCAUUCCCACAACCAAUCAUGCCAUAACCAGAUAUCAGCGCGUUCCAACAUGCUGCAUCUCUCUCUACCAUACCUCCAAAGUAUCUUUUUGCAUCUAUCAUACUUGCACAGUUAGCAUACAUAUCUAUUACAGCUGAACCAACAAAAAGAUCAUCUUGAAAACCAGUUUUCAACACCAGGGCGUGCAUUCGCCUACCCUGCUGCAAAGCUCCAGAACAGCUGCAACCCGAAAGCAUAGUUAUAAGAGAAACAUAAUCUAUCAUGUUUUCUCCCAUCAUCUUGUUGAAAUGUUCAAUGGUCCUUCGCCAAUUGCCACUCCUCGAAAACCCUCUCAACAUCGAAGUCCAAGCAACCAAGUCCUUCUUAUUGAUCUCCUCAAAUAUACGAUAAGCAUCAUUCACAAAGUUUCCAUUUAUAUACAAUCCCAUCAAAGCAGUUCUAAUUAGUGGAUCAUUCUCAUAUCCACUUCGAACUAUUAAGCCGUGGAUUCCACUUCCUACUCUGAAAUCCUCUAAACUGAUCAAGCUCAUCACAGUAAAAAUAUCACCAGACAUCCCUUUCCUCUUCAUCAAAUUGAACAUCCGCAACGCUUCCUCUCCAUAUCCAUUAUCUGAGUAGCCUGAAAUGAUUGCAUUCCACGAGACCACAUUUCUCACAGACAUAUUGUCAAACACAUUCCUCGCAAUUCUCAUGCACCCAAAUUUUGAAUACAUAUCAAUUAAACCUGUUUCCACAAACACAUUAUCACCGAAAUUGCAUCUUAUCCAGUAACAAUGCACAGAUUUCCCCAACAAAACCCUCCCUAAUUUUCCGAAUGCGGGCAAAACACUUGCUAUUGUUAUCUCAUUCGGCCUAAUUUGUAGAACCAUCAUCCCAUAAAACACCUCAACAGCUUCGAAGAAACGGCCAUUUUUCGUGAGACCAGAUAGCAAAAUCGUCCAAGACACCAAAUUUUUGUUCGGAAUUUGAGAAAAUAUAAUCUGGGCUUUCGAUACAAGUCCGCAAGAAGCAUAUGCAUUCAUCAACCUGUUGCAUAGGAAAACAUUUUCAGAGAGAUUUGACACGAUUAUAUGACCAUGGGCUUGAUGCAGAGGCUUUACAUCUCUAAUCUUUUGGAGAAUCGAUGCCUGCGACAUUUGAGUUGAAUAAUAUUUUAGGCGAAGUUUUAGAUGCAGAAGAAAGUGUGCGUUUUGGCGCCAUGAGAAACGGGUAGGAUGCUUGUGAAAACAGUUCAUUUAC